CUGAGCGCGAAAAUUCACGUCCCGCCGCCGCACUUGUCGGGUCAGAUGCAGCACCCAUCAGUUCACCGACAGCAGUAUUUAAUGCAUCGUACCAUCCAGAUUCCAAUCAUCGUACUCCUUUGCCUCCGCCCACCAUGUCCACAUACCAGGCAACCGCGUCCGCACCGGUGAACAUCGCUUGCAUAAAAUACUGGGGCAAGCGCGACACGAAGCUCAUCCUUCCGACGAACUCAUCGCUCUCGGUUACCCUCGAUCAGGAUUACCUGAAGUCUACCACUACUUCUCGCGCGGACCCAUCGUUCGAGAAGGACCAGCUAUGGUUGAACGGCACUGAGGAUGAGAUCAAGCCCGGCAGCCGUCUGGAAACGUGCAUCAAGGAGAUGAAGCGCUUGCGCAAGGUUGAGGUCGAGGACAAGGACCCAUCGGCCCCCAAGCUCUCUACCUAUCAUGUUCGCAUCGCGUCAUACAACAACUUCCCCACUGCUGCAGGCCUCGCGUCGUCCGCCUCCGGCUUCGCGGCUUUGGUCUCCUCCCUUGCAGCGCUGUACAAGCUCCCCGUAUCCCCCUCCACCCUUUCCCUCAUCGCCCGCCAGGGCUCCGGCUCUGCCUGCCGCUCCCUCUACGGUGGCUUCGUCGCUUGGGAACAGGGCACCAAGGCCGACGGCUCCGACUCCCUCGCCAUCCAGAUCGCGCCCGAAUCCCACUGGCCAACCCUGCACGCCGUCGUCUGCGUCGUCAACGACGCCAAGAAGGGCACCUCCUCCACCGCGGGCAUGCAGCGCACCGUCGAGACGUCCCCCCUCCUCCAGCACCGCAUCAAGCAUGUUGUGCCCCAGCGCAUGGCCGAGAUCAGCGACGCGAUCCGCGCGCGGGACUUCGACGCUUUCGCGCGCAUCACGAUGCAGGACUCGAACCAGUUCCACGCGGUCGCGCUCGACACGGACCCGCCGAUCUUCUACAUGAACGAUGUCUCGAAGGCGAUCGUCGCGCUCAUCGUCGAGUACAACCGCGUCGCCAUCGAGAAGACCGGGAAGCGGAAGGCCGCGUACACGUACGACGCGGGCCCGAACGCGGUCAUCUACGUCGAGCAGGAGAACGUGAAGGAGAUCGUGGAUUUGAUCUUGCAGUAUUUCCCCGACGCGGCCGCGAACUUCAAGGACGUUUUCAACUUGUACGCGAACGACCAGAAGAAGGGGGCUGUUGUCUCCGGCUUCAACGAGGCUGUCGCGCAGAAGUGGGAGGGCGGUGUCAAGGGGAUCAUACACACGAAGAUCGGCGACGGCCCUCGCACUCUCGGUGAAAAUGAGGCCCUUCUCGACGCGAGCGGGUUGCCGAAGAAGUUGGCGUAAGGGACAUGCGGCUGGUGGGCUGGGCAGCAUGAUCUGUACUUACAUCUAGAGUUCGCUUCCUCGAGGGUAAUGGCACUGAUAAUUGCGGAUAUCAUCCGACGCGUCUGCUUGAG